CGAGUGUUCGUGAUCUAUUCGUUCAGAUAUAGAGCUGGUUCCACAUAAGAGGCUUCUUACCAAGAACAGCAUAGGGCUUGGCCAGUGAGCAUGGCCACGACAUGUAUGCCCAAGAAGGAUGUCUGUGUCACCGUCGGAGCCGAGCAAGUGUCGCCUGAGGAGGAGAAGAAUCAGCCCAGCGUCGAGAGGCCACUCGUCCGGACCAAAUACAUUUCAACAGUUACCAUUAAGCUAUACAGGCUCGUGAUCUUCAUUCGGAUGGGCAUCUUCGUGAUCUUCUUCAAGUGGCGCAUCUGCACUGCUGGUGUGAUGAGCUCCACGGACGGCGGCGACACUAGUAGAAUGCGAAUGAUGUGGACGAUAUCCAUCGCCGGGGAGCUCUGGUUCGCGUUGAUGUGGGUGCUCGACCAGCUGCCCAAGAUGAAGCCUGUCCGGCGCGCCGUCGACGUGGCAGCACUCCAGGAGUCAAUGCUCCCGACCAUGGACGUGUUCGUCACCACCGCCGACCCCGAGAAGGAGCCGCCACUGGCAACGGUGAACACGGUCCUCUCCAUCCUCGCCGCUGACUACCCUGCCGACAAGCUCACGUGCUAUGUCUCAGACGAUGGCGGCGCUCUGCUCACACGUGAGGCUGUCGCGGAGGCCGUCCGGUUCGCGGGACUCUGGGUGCCGUUCUGCCGGAAGCACGGGGUCGAGCCCAGGAACCCGGAGGCCUACUUCAGUCCCGGCGCCGCCGGCGUCGAUGGUAAUAAGAUGAGGGUGGUAACCAGGGGAGGCUACAAGGGGAGGGCGUGGCCGGAGCUGGCACGCGACAGGAGACACGUGCGGCGGGAGUACGAGGAGCUGCGGCUGCGGAUUGACGCACUACAGGCCGGGGAUAUCCGGCAGCGGCGCUGGUCACGGGCCGAUGGAAGCACCUGCUGGCAGCGCGGCACCGCGGAUGAUCAUGCCGAAGUUGUCCAAGUACUAAUAGGUCCAUCCGGCCGUACGCCACACCUCGGUAUCGUCGCCAGCGAUGGCAAUAAUCUUGUCGACCUCAGCUCCGUCGACGUGCGGCUUCCAGCGCUCGUGUACAUGUGCCGGGAGAAGCGCCAUCGCCGCGCGCACCACCGGAAGGCAGGCGCCAUGAACGCGCUGCUCCGAGCCUCAGCCGCGCUCUCCAACGCGCCCUUUGUCCUCAACCUCGACUGCGACCACUACGUCAACAACUCACAGGCCCUCCGUGCCGGCGUCUGUCUCAUGCUCGACCGUGGAGGCGGCGACGUCGCGUUCGUCCAGUUCCCGCAGCGCUUCGAUGGCGUCGACCCUGCCGAUCGCUACGCCAACCACAACCGUGUCUUCUUCGACUGCACUGAGCUAGGCCUCGACGGCAUCCAGGGACCCAUCUAUGUGGGCACAGGGUGCCUAUUUCGCCGCGCGGCGUUGUAUGGCAUGGACGCGCCGCCGCGUUGGAGACCUUACGGCGACGCCAAGGACGCCGCCGCCGAGCAUGACAAGUUCAGUGACUCGUCGCCGUUCCUUCUCUCGGUACGUGCGGCCUUGAAACAGCCGGCGCAGAGCAACACCACUUUUCCGCCAUGCUUGUUCGACGAGGCUGCCAUUGCCGAGGCAACCGCGCUCGUCUCGUGCUGCUACGAGGACAGUACGGCGUGGGGCAGGGACAUCGGCUGGAUAUACGGCACGGUGACAGAGGACGUGGCCACAGGCUUCUGCAUGCACCGGCGAGGGUGGCGCUCUGCCUACUGCGCCACCGAACCGGACGCGUUCCGCGGCACCGCGCCCAUCAACCUCACGGACCGGCUGCACCAGGUCCUGCGCUGGGCGGCGGGCUCCCUCGAGAUUUUCUUCUCCCGCAACAACCCGCUCCUCGCCGGACGCCGGCUCCACCCGCUGCAGCGCGUAGCGUACCUCAACACAACCUUGUACCCGUUCACCUCGCUCUUCCUCAUAGUCUACUGCCUCUUCCCGGCGAUCCCGCUCCUGACCGGGAACGCGGCGACCGGCACCUUCUCCACGUCCAUGGACAGAACACCGCCUGGCGCGUACAUCGCCUUCCUCGCGGCGCUGAUGCUGACGCUUGCAAUGGUGGCCGUGCUGGAGGUGAGCUGGUCGGGCAUCACGUUGCACGACUGGUGGCGGAACCAGCAGUUCUGGAUGGUCUCUGCCACGAGCGCGUACCUGGCGGCGGUGGCGCAGGUGGCACUCAAGGUCGUGGCCGGGAAGGAGAUAUCGUUCAAGCUGACGUCCAAGCAGAGCGCCACGAGUGCCAGCACCGGCGGGAAAGAAAGGUUCGCGGAGCUGUACGCCGUGAGGUGGACUGUGCUGAUGGUUCCUCCGGCGGUGGUGCUAAUGGUGAACGUGGCGUCCAUGGCAGCGGGGAUCGAAGGCGGCCGGUGGAGGAAUGGACCCGCCGCGGUACUCGCUGUGCUAUUCAACGCCUGGGUGGUGGCGCAUCUCUACCCCUUCGCCUUGGGGCUCAUGGGUCGCUGGAGCAGGACCUUGAGCCCCCUCCUCUUCCUUGUCGUAUUGUUCACCGUAGGCUUGCUCUGUUUCAUCCUCCAAUUUCACACACUUAAGUCAGGCCUGUUUUUGAACAAAUAAUCGAAGUAAUCGAACCGGCCAAAAAUUGAUUCUGAUAUUUAGGUACUUAAGA